UCCCUUCCGCUCUAUCUCUCUCUCUCCCACAACGAAUCUCUCCGUUUAUCUCUCUCUAGAAAUAUCGUUGCAACAAGUACCAGUACUACCCUGCCUCAUUCCCACACCUCUAAAAUCUGUCGUCUUGAAUUCGUCAAUCCAUUCCACUUUUUUCGUACCAAAUCUUUCUCAAAUCCCGUUUUGGUCGAAAUCAAAUCCACUAUUCAUUUUUUUUCACCCAAACAAAAAAAAACCACUUUCCCAUUUCGGUAGCUGGUUGAAUUUGGCAAUCGAACUUGAGAUCUACUGAAAUCACGACAACUGAUUCCUACUUGAGGUUUCGUUUCAUUCAUUUCGAAAUUCGCAGAGUUUGUAAUAACCAACAUGGUUACCGGGUUUAAAUUUUGGAAGUUAAAAAAUAUCUGAAGUUUGGGCAGAAAUUGAGCUUCGUCGGGGUGAUUUGGGAGUUGGUUUAGGUUCCUUAUUUGCAAAGAUGGAUAUAAUAUCUACAUCGGAUCACAGUUCAAUUGUCGCGAUAAACUUAUUUGUAGCGCUUCUUUGCGCUUGUAUUGUGAUUGGGCAUUUAUUGGAGGAGAACCGGUGGAUGAAUGAGUCUAUCACAGCCCUCGUAAUUGGCCUAGGCACUGGAAUUGUCAUCCUACUCACCAGUGGAGGAAAAAAUUCACAUCUUUUAGUUUUCAGUGAAGAUCUUUUCUUCAUAUAUCUUCUUCCGCCAAUAAUAUUCAAUGCAGGGUUUCAGGUAAAGAAGAAGCAGUUCUUUCGCAACUUCAUGACUAUCACGCUGUUUGGUGUUAUUGGUACUCUGAUAUCCUUUGCAAUAAUCUCCUUCGGUGCUAUGAACUUCUUCAAGAAAAUGAAUAUUGGUGCUCUUGAGAUAGCUGAUUAUCUGGCAAUUGGAGCAAUAUUUUCUGCAACAGAUUCAGUUUGCACCUUACAGGUGCUUAAUCAGGAUGAGACGCCUCUGCUGUACAGUCUAGUUUUUGGUGAAGGGGUUGUGAAUGAUGCCACGUCAGUGGUGCUUUUCAAUGCUAUUCAGAGCUUUGAUAUAUCUCAUAUCAACCCAAGCAUAUUUUUCCAGUUUAUUGGUAGUUUCUUGUACUUGUUUUUUGCGAGCACCGUGCUGGGAGUCGUAGCUGGAUUGUUUAGUGCAUAUCUUAUUAAAAAGCUUUAUUUUGGGAGGCAUUCUACUGAUCGUGAGGUUGCUGUUAUGAUGCUCAUGGCUUAUCUGUCAUAUAUGCUGUCUGAAUUAUUCUAUUUGAGUGCCAUUCUCACUGUUUUCUUUUGCGGAAUUGUAAUGUCCCACUACACCUGGCAUAAUGUCACUGAGAGUUCAAGAAUCACUACCAAGCAUGCUUUUGCGACGUUGUCCUUUGGUUGUGAGAUAUUCAUCUUUCUCUACGUGGGUAUGGAUGCCUUGGACAUUGAAAAGUGGAGAUUUGUAAGUGACAGCCCUGGAACAUCAGUUAGAGUGAGCUCAAUACUUUUGGGACUGAUAUUGGUUGGAAGAGCCGCAUUUGUGUUCCCUUUAUCAUUUCUAUCCAAUAUCACAAGGAAGUCUCCGUACGAGAAAAUCGGCAUAAAGCAGCAAGUUACAGUUUGGUGGGCUGGUCUUAUGAGAGGUGCUGUUUCUAUGGCCCUUGCUUAUAAUCAGUUCACAAGGGCUGGUCACACUCAGUUACGUGGGAAUGCGUUCAUGAUCACAAGUACCAUCACAGUUGUUCUUUUCAGCACAGUGGUGUUUGGGUUGAUGACUAAACCCUUGGUUAGACUCCUGCUUCCUUCACCAAAGCCCUUAUUAAGCAGAUCCUUGUCCUCUGAACCGUCGUCUCCCAAAUCCCUCACUUUGCCACUUCUUUCCAACGGCAACGGUUCAGAAGUUGAUCUUGGCAACUACAGCGUUCCCCGCCCGACCAGCUUGCGGAUGCUUCUAGCCACCCCGACUCACAACGUGCACUAUUAUUGGCGGAAGUUUGAUAACGCCUUCAUGCGGCCCGUUUUUGGUGGGCGGGGUUUUGUACCCUUUGUUGCUGGGUCGCCGACUGAACAAAGCGUGCAUCAAUUGCAAUGAGAAAGGAAAGUGAGAAAGUAGAAUACAUAACUAAUUAGCGAAGAUGUUUGUGGGACGCGCUAUCGGUUGUCGAUUUGAGAUCUGUGUUUUUGGUUAAUAUGUAUGAGAGUAUCUUUGGUGUGGGGGUAUUGUGGCAUAAAAUGGGGUUGCUUGUAAGUUAUUCAUUGUGGGUGGUUUGUGGUUUUGAUUCAAUUUUCUCAAGGGUCAGUCACUGUCCCAAGAGUGAAACCAUGGAUCAUCCCUGAAGGCAGGCUAUCUCCCUGACUCUUCCUUUUUUUUGGUUUUUUUUGGUGUUUUUGGAUUUCCUGAACCAGAACUAUGGUUCUUUUUCCUAUUGAUGGAGAAACUUCUUGUAUAUUGCAAUUUCACUGAAGAUACAUGGUGUAAUGGAGUGGUUUUGUCA